CGUCAUCGACAGUUUUGAGACAACUUUCAAACCGAGUGGUUCAGCUUUCCUUUCAGCAGUCCAGUUGCGCGACACGGAAGUGUGUGAAUAUUGUGUGUGCUACUAUUGAAUCCAAGCUAGAGAAAGAAGAAAUAGCCUUUGUGCUCUCAUUCAGCAGUCUAUUGGCCAAAAAUUCCAGCCUGCCACAGUGCGUUUUCGCUAUUUUUCCUGCGGUGUAAAGAAGCAGAUGCAAGUUUCGGUCUGAAAAGUGCGAUUUUCCUCCAGACAAGUGGUAUUCUGUCUGCCUGCAAUAGUCUGAGCAAGUGUGUAGCAAAGCCCCUUGGCCUAAUUGUUUCUAGGCUUUACGGUACAUAAGCAAGAAAUAUAAAAUAAAGAAAAUUCUAAAUCGCGGGUUAUUUUGAUAAAAAAAUAUAAAACCUUAGAGAAAAAGGGUUCUUUUUCCAAACGUGGAAGCAUUCAGUGAUUCCCUAGUGUGUCUGCCAUACAGUCUUUUUGUGGUGAAAGUGUUGGUGUAAAAGGUGCUCUUUUAGCAAGUGAAAUCAAGAGAAAGAAAAGUUUGGUUAAGCCAUCCGUAGCUUUUUCAGUGGAAAAAGCAUUGUUAACGUUACGAAAAUUCAUACAACUGUAGCCAGACAGCCUCAAAGCGACAGAAAUACUUUUUCGGUGAACUGAGGCCUAAAUAAGUGUUCUAAAUCUGAACGUCAUUCACGUAACACAGCCCCAACCCGUUUCAACGCUCAAUUCAAUGUGUAUGGCUAUUCUGCUGUGGCGGCUCGUUCCAACCUCUAUGGAGUUUCAGCUCGACAGCGCAGAGUACUGCCAGGCACAACACAAAUAAGCUGCACGCCCCCGUCGCGGUACGCGCCCUCCGAGAUAGUUCCCGUCGCAGAGCCACCGAGGCCGUCACACCGCCAAGCAACAAAAAAACAACCGGCAGCAGAAACAUAUUCACUCAUCACCUCCCACAUCCGGUCAUUAUAAAGUAGUGAAUUCGUUGUGAUUGUCCCCUUGUGAGGGAAAGGAGAGAAAGUGUGCAAAGUGCUUACCUUGAAGUCCGCUAAGAACAGAAAGUUUUGUGUAGAGUUGUGAAGCGCGUUGAAGCGAGACAGAGAGCUUGGACCGAAGUCAGAAGGAAAAGGGUGUGUUACUAUCAGCGUGUCCUUCGGGGAAAACGUUCUGCUUUUUUGGAAACAAACAAGACUGCAUCCUUGAUCACCCAGCUUUGUUGGGUACUUAUCCUUGGCUGAACUGAUUCGUGAUUGGUGUGAAAAUUGUCAUCUUCAGCGCACAUCGCUACGCUUCGAUUGAAGACCCUUCGGUAGCUUCCAGUGAGAGAAGUAAGAAGGCACGAGGAAGGGCUAGAAGAGGUUUUGCUUUUAUGCUAAAGUAGCCUACAGUUCUACGAAAAAAAAAGGUUUCGUGCGGACUUGAACGAUUUCUGUUAUCAUCACUAUCGACCAACUAGGUGACUUAUUAUAUUGCGGAUUGGCGCGGAUUCUAUCAUAUGAGUAAGCGUAGCAUUGUAAACAUUAUACUCACAGCAGCGCCGUGUGCAUAGCAACAUCGUAUAAAUGCAGUAAAUCAUCCCAAAAACACACACACACUUAUUCAUUCACGCUAUCCUAUCGACGCAACAGGACAGUUUUUGAGCAUACCAACAUCGCAUUGUCGCAUCAUCGUCAUCAUCAUUUGAUCGUAAUUUGUCAUCAUUUAAGCUAAGGAAUCAUCGUCUCAAAAAGUAUUUCUGUGACAUUCAUCCAAUUCCCAGCUAACUGUAAUUAGUCUAAAUUGACCAUAAGGAGGGCGUUCGCAGCAGGUGAACAGCAUAAGAAAAAUAGCAACGAUAAAAGCUACCCAUUAAUUUUGCUAGCAAGAAGGUGUAAGAGGAACGAGAUUUUUUCGCGUUGAUUUAAAUUUCCCGACCAACAACAAUCAACCGAGUAUCCGACAAAACUCUCACGCGGGUGUAAUAACAGCAACAACAGCACCCUAACCGGACUGAGUCAUAGUCACCCAGCGGCAGAGGCUCUGUGCAUGUUUACAGACGAGAAGACGAUCCGUCGAGUGGAGAGCUUAGAAGAGCGCAGUACCGUUGCAUGUUACCACUGAUCGUCUCGCCGGAGCAGGACACAUACGUCGCAAUACUGGGUUCCGUCCGGACGGUAGAACGCAGCUCGGAAUCGGCACAAUCGUUCGAGUGAUCUGUCUGUCAUUCAGUUUUGCGCCACUGUUGAUUUGUGUUGAGAGAUAGCGAGACUUAUAGAGCAAACAAAUCGAAAUAUUCUAUUUUUUGUGAUAUAGUAUAUAUCAUAUUGAUUUUUAGGAAAUUGAUUUUAAUCUCGGUAAUUCGAAACGAGCAGAUCGAGAAGCGAGGUGCAGUGAAUUCAUCUAGGAAGAAAAAAGCUUACAAAAAAAUAACGUCACUUCGAUAAGCGAAGUCUGGUACAGCUGCAAACAGCUCAAAAUUACUACUUCCACUACACUACUACUUCUACUUCUCCUGCGGUUCGAGAGCGAUUCGUACUAGCGCACCUUUGUGAGCACUUGAUUCUCAAAUCUAAUUUUGAAACAGUGAUAAAGAAACAACAGCGCUUCGCCGUCGAAGCUAAGCUACCUUCCCUGAGUGCGGAUAUUGUUUAAUGACCACCGUUAUCAUGCGUCAGAAGGAUAUCAGACCAGCACCGGCCCGGAUCGAGUUCAAGGGCAUGAAAUUCUUGAUUACGGAUCGCCCAUCGGAUCACAACAUUCAUGCCUACAUUGCGGAACUCAAGAAGCACAAUGUCUCGGUGGUGGUUCGCGUGUGCGAACCGAGCUAUAAGAUCGAGGAGCUAGCCAGUCAGGGCAUCCAGGUGCGAGAUCUUGCAUUCGAAGACGGAACCUUCCCGCCGCAGAACAUUGUCGAUGAAUGGUUCGAAAUUCUGAAGCAAAACUUCUUGUAUAGAUUCCAGGAUGACCCGGAGGCGUGUGUAGCGGUACACUGUGUGGCUGGACUUGGCCGGGCACCGGUUCUUGUGGCACUGGCGUUGAUUGAGCUAGGACUUAAGUACGAGGCAGCUGUGGAAAUGAUUAGGGAUAAAAGGAGAGGUGCUAUCAAUGCCAAACAACUAUCAUACUUAGAAAAGUAUAAGCCCAAGUCACGACUAAAGCACAAAAAUGGUCAUAAGAAUUCGUGCUGCGUGCAAUAAAACUAUCAAAAAUCCCACCAGUUAAAGUGUUCAUUUUAAACGAAAUCUAAAACGAGAAAGAAAGCCGACAGCACAGUAAAUGGAAACAAGAAAGCGAAUGAGACAGAGAUUAGCGUAGAUCGCUAGUGGAUUUUCACAGGAGAAUACUAGGUUUUUGCCCGACGGUGCAAGAUAUAGCACGCAUUUGAAGAAUUGAAAGCCGCAGAACAGAGCGUAGAUAGCAAGCAAGCAGCAAGCAAAAGGUAGAUCGGUCGCAUAACCAAUGUUUAGCAAAAAUGUAAGAGAGGGACGAAGGAUCUAGUUAAAACACAGUAAGAUAAAUUAACACAAACAGUAGAAAAGUUUGCGACAAAUGGACGGACAGCUAGACAGCGAGGAACAGUGGAAACUAUGUGGUGAAUGAUAUAUAUAUAUACACACUUAACAUAAAAGAAAACAAAAGAAACUAAGUAAAUAAUUACAUAUAUAAAACUAGAGCAAAGGCAGAUGAAUAAUACUAUCCCGAUAUUAUAUGAGUAUAUAAAUUAUUAAAAUAAUGCGAAAACUUUUUUGACACAACCGAAACAAACAAAUCAUUUACUGUGCAAGCAAUGCCACGCAUGCUGGAAUAUUUUGUCGCAGACUGGCUUUUGUGCUAGAUCUGGGUUCAAUCCGCUUUCGCAGAUCAUAAGUAUACAGUAAUUUAGUUAAAAUGUUACAGAGAUGGAUUACCAGAGACAAUAGCUCUAUUUUUUAUGCUUAGAUACACAUACGCUCACAUAAAUUUGUUAGCAUGUCAAUAGCCAGGACGUUUCAAUAGUCAGUCAGCCAGCUUGGCUCUAACAAACUCGCUUACCGUUAGAGUGGGUUUCAACCAUUAAGAGAGGGAAGUUAGUGCAAUAUAAUUUCUAGCUAGCUAGGAAAAUUCUCACAGAGAUAAUGAUGCUGACGAUGUUCCUCAGGUGUGGUUAACAGACAGCUUUCUCCAACUAUAUCGACACGUGAUUCAAAUAGAAAAUCGCGUCGCGUGUGUCGUUUUCGAACCUGUGAAAUUAGAAGUUGUUUCAAUAAGAGUAGAAAAGUAGUUUCUCAGGAGUGGAGUACUAUUCCAUGAUUCGUUGUACCGAUUUCGCUUAAAUGAUCUUCUGAAUUGAUUUUUAAAAGUAUGGUCAAACGAGCAGUAAAAGGAAAAUCAUACAUCACUAGAAGCAUAUCGACUGACUCGUACCAGCAUUGUAUCUCGAAAUCAAUCGGAAGACAAAUUGGCAAAAACCUAAGGUGAUCAUCAAGAAUCAAAUGACAAUUUCUUGAAUCAGAUGCACUGGGUUUAAUCUUCGGUUGAACUUACUAUUGUUGCAGUAAGACAUUCUAGAUAUUUUUGGAGGGAUUUACAACGUACUACUGAAUAGCACGUGGUUAUUGGGAUUUGCUGGUUCCUAAAAAUAUGCGAAGAAUUAUAUUCGGUGAUUACGAUAUUUAAUAGUAAAGUAACCGAUUUUGAAAACUAUAUGUUAUGAUGUAACAUUAUGAGAAUAAAAUUUCUGUGUAAGAAAUUGAUGGUAAACUUAUAUUAUUCACUCACUUUCAUGUGGCAAGGAACAUGAAACCGAUCAAAACUCAUUAGAGUUUGCAGUCUUUGUAAUGCUGUUCAUGAGAAACUUAAACAUAUAUAUUGAAGGUAAGUGAUCAAUUUGAGAUUCGUUUUUCAUCUAGAAUAAAGUUAAGCGUUGUUUGACCAAUAAAUAGUUAAUGGGUUCAAUGAUGGCAAUUUCGGUCACGGGUUACUUUAAAACACGUUAUAUCCUUGAAACGUCGGCUUUGACAUAAUAAAACGUGUUUUAAAGUAACCCGUGACCGAAAUUGCCAUCAUUGAACCCAUUAUCUAGAAUAAUUAUCACCCACAUUAACUUAUUAAACGAAAUUAAACGACAAACAAAGACAAAGCAUUCUGCCACCAUAACUGUCUACACCAGCGCUACUGUUGAAUGAAGCGUCUAUCAAAUCAGCAUCAUUAUCAUCUGCAACAAACCACAAUUUGGUAAACCAUAACAUUACAAUCAUUGCCUACAGACUAGGUCUAGCUUUAGUAUCCAUCUAUACAAACCUAAACCAAAUAUCACCGUUGCUUAUAAGUUUUGUUUAGAUAUAUGCUGUAUGCAAACGAUUGAAAAAAACAUACACUCUCAAGCAAUAUAUUGCAUUCCGUUACUUAAUGAAACUAUUUAUUUAGUACAAUUUUUGUUCACCACAAGCACCCAGAGCACAAUCUCAUUUUGCGGCAAAAUAUUCCUAGGCAGCCCCAUAGCCGAAUCGAUUCACUAUUAGAGAAAACUAGCAUCCAGAAAAUGCUUCCAAUCGGUAGCGUUUAAGCUUCGGUGCCUCUAUUGUGUACCGUAGCCAUUUUUUUUUGUUUUAGUCCAAUCGAACAUAAAACAAAAACCGUACGCAACCAAUCAAGCCAGUUCAUCAUUAACCUAAUCACUGACACUAAAGUUAAACGCGAGGCGGAGUAGACUAUCGGAAGAGAUCUUAAUAACAUGAGCGCACUAAAAUAUCAAAAAAAUUAAAUAAUUGUGUAAUACAUACAUAAGCGAGUAAAUGCAAACUUGAAGCGUCUGUUAGGAGAGAGAUCUGUAUUCUCUAGUCUUGCGAAACGAACAAUGUACUAAAUUGUACCAAAAAAUAAUUAAUACAUUCGUGCAGAACACAAAACAUUACACGGCGCACUGAAAUCAAAGGCGAAUUACUUAUUUUCUCUUUAUUUUUCGAAAGGUGACUUUUCUCAAGAAGAAAUAGUGAAUAUUAAAUUUUGAUAAAUGUGUUUGGAGCAGGUAUAGAACAAGAAGCAAAUAAUAAUUACUGCACAUUUUAUGUCAUGAAAAACACUUUAGCAAAAGAUUUCGCAAUCGGGCGGAACAUAAACAGAGAGAGAAAUAUUAUUAAAAAAAAUAAAAACAGUUUAUUAUUGCAUUAUUGAUGUCGAGCUUUCUCACGUGCAGGACAUUUAGAAGCAGAAAAAAAAAACAAAACCAUUUAUUAUUUGACUCACUACAACAGCCAGUUGCAAAAUGACACCUGGAUGUUUUAUAUCGAUGUUGUCUACUUCAGCAAUAACUGAAAUACAUUCACAAAUUAUGCAACCACAAAAACAAAAGCCACCUUCACUAACGACGAUCCUAAAGUCGCCCUUAGUUUCGAUUUCAAUGGAACGAGACGAACUAGGAAUGCAGCUACAAAUUUACGCGCGCUAAAGCAGAAUAAUACACCAAUCACAUUCAGGUUGAAAACUGUAGUGAAAACUUAUUAACAGACUUGCCUCACAAAUCGGUCAAUAACCGGGAAGCAAUAAAUCAAACAUAAGUGGAAAUCAUCAUUAUGAUGAAGCUUCUCCGAUACUUCGGCUUCAAACACGCUAGAAUAUCCUGACUAAAAAAGACUUCUCCUAAGCACGUGCUUCUUCCGCUGGUUUUCUUUAACCCGUAGAAUAGUUACAAGCCGUAAUAUUUCGGAAAGAAACGCGGUGAUGCAAAGAUGGACUAAAAGCCAAAACAAGUGGUUGCAAACUCCCGCCCACCGCUAGAAAGUGAAUUCAUUUGUCCGGUCCUGUUCGGUCGGGAAAAUUUCACGGUGAAGAUGGUCCUAAUCUCGACCCUUCAAGCUGUCGGAAAGUCGAACACUUUUUCUGUCUACGUUUAAGGCAUUUUAGGCAAACCAAUUAGGACGAACGCAACUAUCCCUAAACGUCCACGAAUCAUUUCCGUGCUUCACACUUUUAGGAAUGCUACCGUAAAGUGUAUUUUUUUCCUUAUAUUCCUAAUCUGAAAUGAGACUUUUCUUUGAAAAUAAAGCACUAUUUGUUUAUUUUAUAAUCUUAUCGUCUACGAAAAAGGAAGAAAAAAAAACAAAAAAAAACAUCAAAGCUGUGAACUGUUUUAGACCUCGAGGUAUGCUAACAGAAAUCUAUCAAAACAAUGAGGGAAUAUUUUAAAAUUUUAUCAGGGGUUUAAAAAUGUAACGUUUAGUCAUUUCCCGGAUGUAGGUACAUACCAGUAUAGAAUGGUUUUUCGCGAAAAACCGAGGGAAACCUUUUCCUGUUUUUGUUGGCAUUAACGCCCGAACAAAAUCGCACGUCACUAUGAACCAAUCCAAGAGCAAGAGGGAUUGCAUACUUAGCCCAGAGUAAAAGAAACCGUAAUUUUGAAAGAGUUCUAAAAAACACCCACUCUCAUAAUACGCAUCAGAAUAAACAAACAUAACUACAUUAGCGAAUGUAACGAAAUGAAGGAACGGUAUAGACAAGUGAGGUACGGAACAGUGAAACAAUAUUAUACUGAAAUAGAUAUUGUAAUUUUAUGACAAAAAAAGUAAUAAAGACAUCGUGUCUUAUUUGUGUCUCAUUUCUAA